AUGACCGAGGUGGAACCCGUGCUGGACUUCGCAUCCUCCGGGAGAACCGGGCGGCGCAACGCCCUGCCCGACAUCCUGGGCUCGCCGGCCGGCGUCAGCCCCUCCGACCUGCCCCUCAAACUGGCCGAGAUGUCCCUGAGCGCGGGCAGCGCCCAGGACAUGCAGUCACCCUCGGCGGAGCUGCCCCCUCCGCAGCCCCCCAGCCCCGAGCUCAAGGACACGUCCUAA